CUCUCCGCCCCGCGCGAACGUGGCCCGCCGCUGCCUCGCCGACCGAGCAGAGGGAAGAGGAGCGGGAGGCGCAGGCGCAGCAGGGGACGGAGCCUGGCCCCGGCGGCGCGCGCGGUCAGUAGGGCGAGCCCGCGUCCUUCCCCUUGCCACCGCCCUUGGCGUUGUUGAUGCUUCUGGCGAACCUCCUCCACGGGAGUGGCCAUGCCGGUCGGGAUGUUGCCGUUCAGCUUGUCCACGAGCCACUGGACGAUCCUGCGGGGACGCCAUGCGCACGAUGCCCGCGGCCGCGGGCUGCCCUGGCGGGGGCGGCAGGAUCUUGCAGGCUCGGACGGUGCCGUACUGGCCCAGGAGGCCUCCGCGCAUAGCCUCGUUGAUGUCCGGCGGGAAGCCCUUCACGUACAGGUUGUCCCUGCAGGGCUGCCCGCAGACCCCAGCGGCCACGUGGGCCGCCGCCGCGCCUGCGCGAGGCCCACCUGGGGCCCCGAGGAAUUCGCGAACUUGAUCUCGACGGGCGCGCUCAUCCCCUGCGGUAUGUUGCCGUUCACGUUGGCCACCAGCCACUGGGCCUCCGCCACGCUGGACAUCCGCACCAGGCCCGCGACAUCGUUGGCGCCAGGCGGAGACGGCAAGAUCUUGGUCGACACCAGUCGGGGGGACGUACCCCCGAACGCCUCCGCAGUGAUGCCCUCCGGCAAGCCCCUCAUCCACAGCCUCUCCGAGGGCCCGGGCGGCCCCCCGGGCGCGUGCGCCGCCCGGGGCACGGCCGCCGCGCCCCUGCCGCCGCCCUUCGGCCCGAGAGGCGGCUCCUCGGCCGGAGGGGCGG